AUGUUUCAAGCGCCAAUUCGGAAAUGGCAGUCUCUCUCACACAUUGCGAAAAUGGAGUCUCGCCUUAAACAGUUUGGUUUCUGUCAUAUCAACACACCCGCUUCUUCCUUUUGCCAUAGCUUAUCAAAUCUAUCUAUCUAUCUAUCUAUCUAUCUAUCUAUCUAUCUAUCUAUCUAUUUCUCUUCGUAUCUAUCUAUCUAUCUAUCUAUUUAUCUAUAUCACUUUUUUAUCUAUCUAUCUGUCUAUCUAACUUUUUCCAUCUGUUUUAUUUAUAAUUUUUCAUCCCUCUCUCUCUCUCUCUCUCUCUAUCUCUCUCUCUAUCUAUCUAUCUAUCUAUCUAUCUAUCUAUCUCAUUCUCUUCCUAUCUAUCUAUCUAUCUAUCUAUCUAUCUAUCUAUCUAUCUAUCUAUCUAUUUUGAAUUUCUUAAUCUCUCCUCUUUCUCUAUCUAUCUAUCUAUCUAUCUAUCUAUCUAUCACAGGCUUUAUCUGUCUAUCAUUCUAUCUCACUUUCUAUCUAUUUAUCACAGCUACACAUCUCCCCCAUCUAUCUAUCUAUCUAUCUAUCUAUCUAUCUAUCUAUCUAUCUAUCUCUCAUACAUUAAACUAUGUUAUCUAUCUAUCUAUCUAUCUAUCUAUCUAUCUAUCUAUCUACACAGACCCACACAGAUAG